GCAAGGUGCGGCGCAUCCGUGUGGCGCCCAGCUCCACACACUAGCCUAGCCAGAGGACAACUCUACCUGGCAACUUCUUGCUCCGGCCAGCCAUCUCCCCCAUGUCGCAGGUGAGGAUCAUCGACGCGAGCUACGUCCAUGUGCCGGAGGCCGCCGUCCGGCCGCCGGGGCCGAUCAAGCUGACGGCGAUGGAGGCGCUGUGGGUCAUCAUCCCGGUGCUGCAGCACGUGCUUCUCUACGACUACGAGGCCGCCGACGACAUGCCGCCCUUCGACGCUAUCGUCCAAUCGCUCCGCUCCUCCCUCGCCGCGACUUUGCGCAGCUUCGCUCCGCUCGCCGGCAGGCUGGUCCACCUGGAGGAGACGGGGGACGUCGGCGUCUGCUGCUCCGCCUCCGACGGCGUCAGGUUCGUCGUCGCGGAGUGCGACGCGGACAUCCGCCGCCUCGCCGGCGAUGAGGAGCACGACCUGCCCGUGCUCGAGGGGCUCGUGCCGGAGGUGGACAUGAGCCACCUGCCUGUCCCCGUGCUGGCCGUGCAGGCCACGCGCUUCGAGGGCGGCGUGGCCGUCGGGGUGACGGUGCACCACGGUGUCGUGGACGGGCGGGCGCUGUGGACGUUCGUCGAGGCGUGGGCGACGGCGUGCCGGGGCGAGACGCCGGCCACGACGCCGUGCUUCGACCGCUCCCUCGUGAAGCUGCCCGGCGGCGAAGAGCUGGCCAGGAGCGUGUUACGGAAAUUGGCUCCAAAUAUGCCUUCGGUCGCGAUACCGUCAUCUCUGCUUGAAGACCGAAAGCGGUUCACCCGUCGAACAUUCACCCUCGAUGCCGGAGACAUCCAACGCCUCAAGCAACGCAUUGUCCAUCUCAGCGAAUCCCAUGGCGCGCCCCUACCUCGCCCGCCGUCAACUUUCACAGUCGUCGUCGCGCUCGUCUGGACGUGCUUCGCCCGAUGCAAGCCAUUCUCCUCAGAGGACGACGCACAACUCUUCUUCUUCGCCGACACCCGCGAACGCCUCGACCCUCCCGUCGACGCGGGGUACAUCGGUGCGUGCCUCACCGGGUGCCUAUCAAAACUCCCCGUGCCAGAGCUUCGCGGCGACCGUGCCUUGGCAGCAGCGGCGGCGACGGUCCAGGACGGGAUCAACAAGGUGAAGGAGGACCCUGUUGCUGGGUGGAACUUCUUCGAGCUAAUGACCGAUGUCUCUAUGGACCGUAUUAUGAACAUAUCGGGGUCGUCGGGCUUUAGAGCAUACGACGUCGCCGACUUCGGAUGGGGCAAGCCGAGGCGAACGGAGCCGAUCAGGAUGAACCACGACGGGCAGGUGGCGCUGAUGCGCAGCAGGGAUGGCCGUGGCGUGCAGGUGUCGGUGGCACUGCUGCAACCGGGGCAUAUGGAUGCAUUCAAGUCUAGUUUUUUCGAGCUACUGAAGUGACGAUUUUUUUCUAUCAAAUAUAUCAACAUGCGUCAACUCAAA